UGAAAGCUGCACCAGACUAGACGCUACUAUUUGGACUGGGUGUGAGUAAUAUCGCGGCACGACCCUCGUCAUCCCCAAGCUCAAACUCCAAACAUACAGCUUGCAAACUCACAACCUAAUUCUUUGAAACAAUGGCCGAAAGAAGACUCAUAAGAAGCGGCUUCGCAUUUGAAGAAACCAUCGGGUACUCUCGAGCCGUAGUAACCGGAUCAUGGAUCAUAGUCUCAGGCACAACAGGCUACGACCACGCCACCGGCAAAAUAUCCCCAGACAUCGUCGAGCAGACCGAACAGAUAUUCCGCACCAUCGAUAAAGCUCUGCGUGAGGCGGACGCGACCAUGGCAGACGUCGUACGGGUCAGGUAUAUCCUGCCGGAUGCAAAGCAGUUCCCGCUGUGCUGGCCGGUGACGAGGAAGUGGCUGGGGGAGGUUAAGCCGGCGGCGACGAUGAUUCAGGCUGGGUUGAUGGACGAAGAGAUGAAGAUUGAGAUUGAGGUUACGGCCAGGCGCGGUGACUCGGCGGAGGAUUAGAGAUUACCUGGUUGAAAUGGAGAUCCCGCCAGCAAUGGAUGCCUGUUUGAUGAUGCGCCUCGGAGAAGGGAAACGUCACCCUCAAGCAAGUGAAGCCACUUGAGGACACUAGAGUGCUGUAUCUAAUAUCUGCGGGGACUUCCUGGCUCCCGCGGCUCUUCUAGCAUUUAUGUUCGCACUGUACCGUAGACGAAAUAUCAAAACAUAUCAAACUGGCAAAAUAAGAG